AUGCCAGCGUGCCAUUUAUACCCCUACUGGAUGACUGACCCAAAUACUGAUGGUGUCAAACAAUUUUUUAGCGCUCUGAGGCAGUUUAGUUCUGCUGAAAAGGUGGAAGCAUGGCAUAAGCCCAUUUAUGGACAUGUCCCCGGGAUUGAAAGGGCAGCAAACUUCACACUUCUCUCCCCCUACGCCCAUGAGCUGCACACCAGCGGAUACUUUGCCCUUGAGCCUGUUGAGGAAGAUCCAGAAGGCAAGUGGAUCACGGUGAAGAUUUGGUGGUUGAAGCAACAUACAGGUGUUGAUUUCAACAUUGCUCCGCAGCUUCCACCAAAUCAGCACCCAUGUAACCAGAGGAGAAAACUUGUGCGGUCAUCGCUUUUAAGUCAAGUCUGCCAGUACGUCGCCAGAGAAGGGCAGAUCCCCCGUUUUGACAAACAACAACCUGGCCUCAAAACGUCUGUUCCCAGCAUUUUGGGUCAGAGGCGAAAGCCGUGCUCCUCAUCCGAGACGAGGACCCUAAAGAGCUCAAAGUCAAUGGUUGGAACCCUCUCAAAACGUGCAAAGAGUCUCCGAAAAUUGCUGCCACGACAUGGCAACUCCAGCCCACGGUUCUUACAGCGAAAGAACAACCGGGAUGGAAAGAGUUUAGUUACCGGAUGGAAACGUCCAUUGUUCUUGUCGUCCGGCUGA